GUCUCUCUCGUUCUCCUGUGUCUCCCGUCUGUUGGGGGGAAUUUACGAAAUACCGAUAUUGCCCCUGCCUCGCUCUCUCUCGCCUCUCUUUCUUCUUCCUAAACAAACUUCUCUCUCCUCGAGUUGGGAAUGGGACGUGAUGCGAAUUAAUGGCUUCUGCAAAACCCUAGCCGCCAUUACUUGUUCGACCAAACAAGAGUCGCCGUCGAAACCCGCGAAUUCUUCAGUGGAUUUAUUGUGCAAUUGGCGCUACUUUCGGUUGAGUUCCGCUGCUAAUUGCCGUCAAGUGUUGGAGUGCUGAAGAUUUGUUCGUUUGAGGUCAGGAUUAUGGUGGUCUGUCAGGAUUUCAGUGUUUUAUUUGAGAAGAAGCAAUAUUGCUGAAAGCAGAAGUGACAAUCUCUGGAGGCAUAUUUGAACUAUAUAAAAAAGGUUUGGGUGCUAAGUUUGACUAUUGGGGGUAUUAGUGCUUUUCCUUGUCAGGAAUGGCAGAGGACAGCCUACGAAUUGGUGGGCUUUCUUCUGGGUUGGCUGUUAUAUUGAAUGGUGAGGAUAGUAAAGAAGGUUCGUCGAAAUCCCGGCUUGUUUCGAAUUGUGAUGAUUUUGGCCAUCAAUCGGUGGAACGAACUCUAGAAUACAUAUUUGGUCUCCCUAACAAAUCAGUUGGUUCGAUAUCAGAUCAGAUUGACGGCAGUCUAAUCCGUGCAAUUAUAAAGAAUGAGUGCUCGGAAUUUCGUUCAAGUUCCGGCGUCUUGCUUAGAAAUAGAGAUGGGAUUUGUGCUGUUGGUAAUGGUUGUGGACCCCAUAUUAUGGGUCUUGACGAAUCCAGUAUUUGUGGUGAUAUCGGAAUCAUUAGACCACCUUUGCUUGUAGAGAGCUUAGCUAUGUUCAGCAGUGCUAGGGCUAAUGCUUCUGUGUGGAAAGGAAAAUGGAUGUAUGAAGUCAUUUUAGAAACUUCAGGUAUCCAACAGCUAGGAUGGGCAACUCUUUCUUGCCCUUUCACUGACCAUAAGGGUGUGGGUGAUGCUGAUGAUUCAUAUGCAUUUGAUGGUAGGAGAGUUAGGAAAUGGAACAAAGAUGCUGAGCCAUAUGGGCAGUCAUGGGUUGUUGGUGAUGUUAUUGGAUGCUGCAUAGAUUUGGACCAUAAUGAAAUAUCAUUCUACAGGAACGGUGUCUCCCUUGGUGUUGCUUUUCGUGGGAUCCGUAAGAUGGGUCCAGGAUUUGGAUACUUUCCUGCAAUUUCUCUUUCUCAAGGUGAAAGAUGUGAAUUAAAUUUUGGGUCCCGGCCAUUCAAGUAUCCAGUUGAAGGCUAUCUCCCUUUUCAAGCACCUCCAUCUAUAAAUUCUUUUGCUUUUCAUUUGCUUCGUUGCUUGUCAAGGUUGUUGGACAUGCAUUGUAUGGAGCGGGCUGAGCAUUCUUCUUUUGAGAAACUAAGGAGGCUGAAGAGGUUUGUUUCAUUUGAAGAUCUUUUUCACCCUGUUACUCGUGGGAUAUGUGAGGAAUUUUUCCAUGUACUCGAGGCAAAUGCCCAGAGCAUAGAAUACAUAUCUUGGGGUCCGUUUCUGUCAUUCAUGAUGGAAGUCUUUGGAGUGCAAGCACCGCAUGAUUAUUCAAGUUUGGAUAGAAUUCUAGAUGUCUUUCUAGAAUUUCAAGGAUCAAGUUUGUUGUUUGAACACAUAAUAAAUGCCCUUUCCUGUGGAUGUAAAGCAGCUAAGUUGGUCCUAACAGAGUGCCCAUGGUCGGGGUCAUACCCUUAUCUUGCAUUGGCAUGUCAUCUUUUGAGGCGAGAAGAACUAAUGGUGCUCUGGUGGAAGUCAACAGAUUUUGAGUCCCUGUUCGAAGGUUUCCUUUCUCAGAAGGGUCCAAACAAGCAAGACCUUGAGUCCAUGAUACCAUCUGUUUGGUGGCCUGGUUCGUUUGAGGACUUGUCAUAUGAAAAUAGCAUGUCGUUGACAACUACGGCUUUAUCUGAUGCUGUCAGUAAGAUUGAGGAGAAGCAUAGGGACCUUUGUCGCUUGGUGAUACAGUUCAUACCACCUGUGACACCUCCUCAGUUGCCAGGUUCAGUGUUUAGGACAUUUUUGCAAAACCUCUUAUUAAAGAACAGAGGAGCAGAUCGCAAUGUCCCGCCUCCAGGAGUUUCUUGCAAUUCUGUUCUUGUUUCUUUGUACACAGUUCUACUUCAUUUUUUAUCAGAAGGAUUUGGAAUGGGGGACAUCUGUGACUGGUUAAAGAGAUGUGAAAACGGUCGUGAUGUUGGUUUUCUUCAUAGGGGUGGUGAACAGAGUUUUCCAAUUGCCUUGUUCCUAAAAAAUGAUCCCCAUAGAACUGACAUUUCUAGGCUUGGUGGGUCAUUUAAUCAUUUGUCGAAAUUACAUCCUGUGAGUGAUCAAGAUGAUGAAGUAGUUCGAUGGGAGGAAGGCUGUAUGGAUGAUGAAGAAACAAGAGUAACUCAUUUAAGCUCAAAAAAACCAUGCUGUUGCUCAAGUUAUGACGCCGAUUUCGCAAGAAGCAUGAAAGACCCUAUCAGAUACACAAACAAAGGUUCUCGUUCUCAUUGCAGCUCUAUUUCAGAGAGGUCUGCUCAUGUUGCUACGGAAUGCAGUGCUGGAAGUUUAAAUGAUGAAAUAGCAGAUAAACCAAGUUCCAGUGAUCAAUCUGAAUCUGAGUUUGAUUAUCGGCCAGUGCAGCAUAUUUGGUUUGUACCCAGGGAGAGUAACAUCUCGUCAGCUACUUUAAGAGAAGAAGAACUUCUUGAUGUUUUGCUGUUGCUUUAUCACAUAGGUCUUGCGCCAAACUUUAAGCAGGCAUCAUAUUACAUGUCUCACCAGUCACAAUCAAUAUCCCUUCUAGAAGAGGCUGAUAGACAAAUAAGAGAACGAGCAUGCGGUGAGCAAUUAAAGCGUUUGAAAGAAGCUCGUAAUAAUUAUCGGGAAGAAGUUGUUGACUGUGUCAGGCAUUGUGCAUGGUAUCGCAUCUCUCUAUUUUCUCGAUGGAAGCAAAGAGGAAUGUAUGCAACAUGCAUGUGGACUGUACAAUUGCUUCUGGUGCUUAGUAAAGUGGAUUCUGUGUUCCUAUAUAUACCUGAAUACUAUCUGGAAGCUCUGGUUGACUGCUUCCAUGUGUUGCGUAAGGGUGACCCUCCAUUUGUCCCUUCAUCAAUUUUUAUCAAGCAAGGACUUGCUGCCUUUGUCACUUUUGUUGUCACACACUUCAACGAUCCUAGGAUAUCAAGUGCAGAACUUAGGGAUCUUCUGCUUCAAUCUAUCUCAGUCCUGCUACAGUAUAAAGAAUAUCUUGCUGCUUUUGAGAGCAAUGAAGCAGCGACCCAAAGGAUGCCAAAAGCGCUGCUUUCAGCAUUUGAUAACAGAUCCUGGAUCCCAGUAACGAACAUUCUUCUGAGGUUAUGCAAGGGCUCAGGCUUUGGCUCUUCAAAGCAUGGAGAAUCGUCAGUGUCGUCAGUUGUUUUCCAGAGAUUGCUAAGGGAAGCUUGCAUCAAUGAUGAAGGCUUGUUCUCUGCUUUUCUGAAUCGCCUAUUUAACACGCUAAGUUGGACAAUGACUGAAUUCUCAGUUUCUGUUCGGGAAAUGCAAGAAAAAUACCAGGUUUUGGAGUUUCAGCAAAAGAAAUGCAGUUUCAUAUUUGACCUCUCAUGUAAUCUUACAAGGGUUUUGGAAUUCUGUACCCGUGAGAUCCCUCAGGCAUUUUUGAGAGGAACCGAUACAAACCUCCGGAGGUUAACAGAGUUGAUUGUCUUUAUGCUGAAUCACAUAACUUCUGCCGCAGAUGCUGAGUUUUUUGAGCUGUCACUAAGACGACAUGGCCAAUCUUUAGAAAAAGUAAACAGGGGAAUGAUACUGGCACCUCUUGUAGGGAUCAUAUUGAACUUGUUGGAUGCUAGUGAAGAUACGGAGUUCAUAGAAGAGCACAAUGAUGUUGUGGGCAUUUUUGCAAGCAUGGAUUGCCCUGGCAGCGUUCAUUGCGGAUUCCAGCUGCUGUUGGAUUACAACUGGGCUGGGUCUUUUAGAGGGGAUUCUUAUCUUUCAAAACUUGGACAGCUAGAGAAUUUCUUGGCUCUCCUUGUCAGCCGGAGUGAGUAUGAAGUAGUUGGUAGGACAGGUUUUGAGGAAGAAACAGAAAUUGUAGAUGAUAGCAUUUGCUGUAUUUGUUAUGCCUCUGAAGCCGAUGCAAGAUUUGCACCUUGUUCCCACAGGUCUUGUUAUGGAUGUAUAACAAGACAUCUAUUGAAUUGCCAUAGAUGCUUCUUCUGCAACGCGACGGUUCUCGAAGUUGUCAGGAUUGGUGAGAAGGCAGAUUAGAGGACUGCUUUGUAUAUUAGGGUUACCUGCUUAUAAUGUAUACCUCCUUGUUAUGCAUCAUGAGCUGGUUAGUGGCAGAUCUAUCGUUUUCAAUUCGAUCUGAAACUAAUCAGCUUCUGGUCAAAACAAGCCUUAGGAUUGUAAAAUGAUGUGAGACAGAAAAGGAAAAAAAAAAAAAAAAAUUGAGAUCUACUAUUAGAAUUAUAGAAAUACUGUGUAAAUGAGGUUGUUAAGGUUCUAGCAAAAAAAAAAAAAGAGAGAUAGAGAGAGAGAGAGGCUGUUAAGGUUAUGCAGUCAGAAGGAGACUGUAGUGGGAUUUGGUCAAAGAAUUUUGUAGAGAAAGAUAGAGGACAAUUAUUCUGUAAAUACGAGAUGUAAAUGGAAAGGAAAUCCUUUAGUUCUUUCUCACUCCCGUCA